AUGGACCGAUUGACCUCUAUUCGAAGCAACAAACAGCGUAUUUUGGAAACGUUACGUGGAUUGAAAGAAAAUCUAGCCGAGGAUGAGGAACCAGACCGUGAGCUGAUGGCUAAAAUGAUUGCGAGCUAUGAUUUAUUAAGUGCACAAGAAGAGGAGUACUUGAAAAUAAUGCAACAAAUUGUGGCUAUACGUGAGAAUGCGGCUGAAGAUGUUGAACGUGAUGUGAAACAAGAAGGUCGAACUGAUGAAGUGGUGGAAACUGAUAAAAAAUCUGAUGAUAAAUCAAAAGAAUCUGAUGAUAAAUCAAAAGAUAAUGCCUCAGCAACUCCCCAAUCAGCACAACCGAAUGAACAACCUGAAAAAGUCGAUCAAAAGAAGUCGAGUGGUGGAACUGAAGACGAAUGGAAAGAGGUCGAAGAAGAGCUGAAGAAAUUGGGUAAUGUGACCGGUGAAGCAGUAGCCGCGUCAGUAUAUAACGAAAAACUUGUCGAAACAUUACACCUUUCUCGGAUGCAGAAGGCAGCAUUGGAGGAAAUGCGCAAAGAAGAAUCAGACACGAAACGUGGCGAGGCGAACGAAGCGUUGAAACAGGUUGAAAUGGCACGACUCAAAUUGCUAAUUGAUCAGGAUGAAAGACGAAGGAUACUGCAGAAAGAAGGAAAAUUCCGAAGGAAGGGUGGAAAGAAGACAAGAUCGAUUUUUGAGCAUUAUAGAGUUAAAGUGCUGGGUGUUGGGCAGGAGAAUUGUUGGAUGACAAAGAUAAGGAGAGGAUGGUUGUUGGAUGCGUUCAGUGCCGAUGGAUUAUUUGUGGCGAGACAGUUGAUGAUUGGAACAGAUCUGGAAGGCAUACAGAGUAGAAUUGAUUCGGUGCAAAAUGGUGAACAUAGCUUUAGGGGUAGCCAGCCUUUUAUGUUGUUAACGGAGACACACAGACGAGUACCACUCGCACUGGUGCAAUACAAAAAGAUAAUUUUAGUGGCUGCUGAGCAAGAACAAAUAGAGCGGAAACGCAAAACACUUGAACGACUGAGACGAGAGGCAGUUCGUCGCGGUAUCGUACUCGAGCCUGGCUCAGCAUCUGAGCCCGACAUUGUUGUUGAGCCACAACCCGAACCGAAAUCCGUUACUGAAGCUAAACUUCGAGCGAAACUGAAUGCUAAGAAAAAGCAAAAUGAGCAAGAAGAAGUGGAAGAUAACAGUCCUCCAAUACCCGAAAAUCUGGUACCACCUGAGAGAAUACCACCAAUCGUGGACUCGGCUGACUCGAAUGCUGAUAAUAGCACUAAUGCGAACGAUAGUAACGUGAACAAUGGUCAUGGUUCAUCCAAAAAGAAGAAGAAAGGUAAACGUGCAAAGCAGCAAGAUAAAGAACGUAGGGAUGCAAUCAACGCUUCAGUAAGAGAAAAAUUGGCUGCUAUAAAGGCACGCAAGCAGCGUAUGCGAGAAAUUCAGGCACAACUUCUGAAGCCAGUUAUUUCGGAAUCACAAAUGGAUGAAACUUUUCAGAAAGCUCAAGAGAGACUGAAAAGUUUGACAGCGAUGCGUGAACGUUUGGAAGAACUGAAAGAAAGUGGUGGAGAAGUAUCUGAAGAGACAGUUGCCAUGUUAGAGAAACAGCUUGUCGAGGAGGAGAAUGCUACGGCUGAGGACGAUAAAGCAAUUGAAGCUAGUAAUGACAUUGCGGAGGCAACCAAUGCUAACAUGGAACCAGCUUUGGAACAUAUUGAGCAGAUCGUUGAAAGUGUUCGAAGUGAAUUCGAUAAAGUGAUGAUGAGCGGACGUAAAGGAAAUGCAACGAACUUUAAGAGUGAAUCGGACCUAUCACCCGGAUAUUGUCUGUCAGUGAAUGAUAGUCAGCGACUGAAAAAUAUUGAGGAAUCGAUUGAGCAGCAGAAACGACUUCUUCUCGCAAUUAACAAUCGAAUUAGCGCACAUCAAUCUGACAGUGAUGUUCAGUCCUCACAACCGGCACUCUCAACACCACCAACAACAACACAGACAGUGAAGUCAGAUGAUUGUCAGAAAUGUAUUCACUUAAUGCAUCAAUCGCUGUUGACUGCUGAUUCGCAAGUGCUGAAUCGUUUCGCUGAUAUUAUCACCAAAUUAGCUAAUGCACAGAAUGUGCCUGAAUUGAGAGAUUUCCUUCAGACACUUUUCAACAGCUCUGAACAAUCAUUUCCUGCACAGGCAGCAUCCGUUGAGAAAGAGGAGUUAGACGCUAGCAAAUACGGAUCCGAUCAAGCAGCAAGAGUCGGCACUAGAAAUGGCGACGAACAACUCAUACCGAUUGCAAAUUCCGAACGAAUCGAACAAGCGAAACGACGACUGAGUUCGGGUAAGGCAAAACUUCAAAAGCAACGAACAUUGGAAAGAGUUCGAUGCCUUACGGGCGAUGAGAAUGGCGAGGAAACGAACGAAAGUGAACCUAAAGGUGAUGAUGGCCACGCUCUUAAAGGACUAGAAAAAGACAUAUGCCGUAUAAUCGAAGGUGUGGUACCAUGGAUACGUGAAUAUUCGGAGACAGUCGCAACAGAGAAGCUUAUGAAUGAACUGCGUAAUGUUAUACUGCAACGUUCAGCAGCAGUUUGUUUCCCGAACGGCUCUGGUUCGGAUCUUUUUGAGAAGCAGUUGAGUACAAUAAUUGAUGAUACACUCUCACAGUACUACGGCUAUAAAAUUGGCGUCGAUCGCGAACAGUUAAUAUUCGACAUUUCUGAAGUGCUUUAUAAUGAGCUAGCGUUCUUUCAACUCAUGUAUAACAUCGACUGUAUGGUUGAAUAUAAACAAGACGUGAAACAUACCGACAACAUUUAA